AAACCACUCACAUACACACCAGCGACAAACGAAAAGCAGACAACACACGCACGGGAUCCAGACAGAGGUACGAAAAGUGUUGGCAAUCGAGUCCUGACGAUCCUUUUUUUGCGCCCCGCCAGCUGCUCGUUUUGCUGGAAGUCUGCGAUUGCCGAAUUCGAGGGUGGUUUGUGCAGGUUAAGUCCGUACGGAAGGGAAUAGGCCACGGUCGUAUCGCCACCACACCAACCACCUACAUCAACCAGUGUCAUAUUGUUGUGAAAAAACGCAAAGAAGAAAAAAACACACACACACAUUGUGAUAUCGUGUGGUGAGGUGGGGGGAAAACAGUCCCCAAAACGACGGCGUUUGUGUAAAUCCCUCUGAUACCCGCGGGGGACGAACAGGAACAGGCAGCAAAACAAAGGGCAACCAGCAUAAAGCAUGAGAGCACAACGACGACACAACGGCUGCGGGAACAAUCGAGUAACGAAGGCUGUCGUCGUUGUCGUCGGAUCGCAGUUGGCUGGUCCGCUUUGCUGCCAGUGAAAUUGGCAUUCCGCCUGCUCGAGGUAACCCACGCAAAACGCAAUUAAGCAUUAACAGAUCCAGCCGUGACGACGCUUGCUAGGGUUUUUUGUCUGCCACUUUCGGUCUCGGUUGCUCCAAAUCUCCAGUGUUUGAGUGCGUGUGUUGAGGAGAAACAACCCGUUCCCGUCCAGCUGAAUAUACUGAGCGCCACUGUCGAGUGUGUUUUGCUCCCAGCGCUGUUUCAAUUCUUGCCUUUGCCGUGCAUUUAGUCGGGCCUGAAACAACCCAGUGCAUAGGUUCAUCCGUAUCCGUGUUCCGUCAUAAACCCGCGUGUAUGCUGGUCGCGCACGCCUGCGUGAGGUGCUGCAUGGUGUGAUGUUCUCAAACGGGCUUCCGUGCAAUCUAACAUUUCCCAGCUGUCUCGGUGUGCCAAAGGAUAGUGGAAGCGACGAGCUGCUGCCGACCAGCAUGGGAAGCCGCGAACCGGUCAUCCUCAACGUGUACGACAUGUACUGGAUCAACGAGUACACCACCUCGAUCGGGCUCGGUGUGUUCCACUCCGGGGUGGAAGUGUUCGGGACGGAGUUUGCCUACGGUGGCCAUCCGUUUCCGUUUACCGGCGUGUUCGAAAUAUCGCCCCGCGAUCACGACGAGCUCGGUGAUCAGUUUCGGUUUCGGCAAAGCAUUCAGAUUGGCUGCACAGAUUUUACCGAGGAGGAGGUGCGGCGUAUCGUGGAAGAGCUGGGCAACCAGUUCCGGGGCGACCGGUACCAUCUGAUGAACAACAACUGUAACCAUUUUUCCGGCGCAUUGACACAGAUCCUUUGCGGACAGGAAAUACCCAGCUGGGUGAACCGGUUAGCACACUUUAGCUCGUGCGUACCCUUCCUUCAACGCUGCUUACCAAAAGAAUGGCUAACGCCGAAUGCCUUACAACAAUCGAUAACCGCCAUACAGGAUCGCGACUCCGACUCGAGCCCCUUCUGAGAGUAGCUGGACCGAUUCGGCGCGUAAUGACGAUACCUCUCCCUUCACUACUGUAAUGUCUACCUUAAAAAACACAAACAUACACACACUACCACUACCAUCUCCAACUACCGCUGGAAAAGGGCAGACUACUGCCAACCAAUUGUCACCAGAACCAGCCCCGGUGCUGCAGUGUCCGUUAAACCGUUUUUCUUUACUGUUUCCCUCUGUUUACUUACCUUUUAGCUACUUACGGCGGGACUGGUCACGCCAGUUUAAACUUUUCACCCUUAAACUAAAUUAAAAAAGUGUCAGCAAAACAAUCUUCCACCGAUGGACGAUCGCCGGCCGAUCGAUUGGUGAUGGAACCGGAAACGGCUGUGGGGGGUGACGCGUUGCACAGAAUUUUACGGCCUACGUUUAGCGAUCGCAGCAGAAAAUUUGGUGGAAAAUGUGUGCUGUUUUCCUCAGCUAGAGAAGAUGUUCGGUUUUUCUUUCUUUACUGUAGCAAAACAUAAAUGCACCGAACGAGUAAGCGAAAAACGAUAGAUCAAACACACACACGGUACUGGAGAUUAAUUGUAAUUUGUGUUUUCCAUUGCGAUCGGUAUAGAUUUUAGAGGAAACGAGGAGUGAGAAUAAGUUUGUUCUUUUUAUUAUUAUUUAUUCCACACACUGGCGAAAAAAAACAGAGUUUUUCUGCUCUAAACGAUUAAAAUUAGGGCGAUUUUACCCAAACAUAGCUGACCCGUACGGUGCAACUCGUUCAAACCAUCACAAAAUAAGUUUUAAAAAAUCAACCAAACAACCGUCUUCGAGCUAAGUCGUAAUCCUGUCGAACCGCGUUUUCUGCAACAAUCGAGGCAUCGUUUACAAAACUGAAAAAGCUAGGAUUAUUUAACAAAAAGAAGAAGAUAUUAUUUUGAUUCUCACACUUACUUUUAACCGGAAAACGAAUAGAAAAAACUGCACCACCACCCCCCAAACAUCAACCCAUAGUAGAGUAGUGUGAAAUAUGCGUGUGUGGUUGCGUGCGUGUGUAGUAGUUCCAACCGGUCGGGACUAGAUGAGUAAAGCUUUAUUACGGUGGCAAGCCACUAACCUACUCCCCCAAAAUUCGUUAACAUAAGAGAGAGAAAGAGAGAGAGAAAUUGCAACCAAUAGACCCCCGAGGUUGGUGAACAUGUUCUGAGAUAUAAGGAUUAAAACGGUAGGGAAGAUAAAUCGGCAUCGAGAGUAGCAAAGUGGUUAACUUGGGCCGUGUGCCGGGUUCCUACAUCCAGCCCCAGGCCCCAGAAUCUAUUUAGCAAAGUAAACUUAACGAACUUUAUAGAGUGAAUCAGUUAGUUGUACGCGUGGUACGGGUACUAAAUGGGCAUGUGUUACACUUUCGGUAGAGCGGCGAUGAUCGCGAUGACAGAUAAUAAUCGUUAACCUGAGAUUAAAUUAAUUGACUAUUGCGCGGAUAUUACGCGCGCGUACCGUUGUGAAACAGUGAACAGAUUUAGAGUUUAUCGGAGUAAAACGUGUGGACACCAUUAUUGCUACUAAAACAUCAAAUACUACUACUACUACUACUAUUACCACUACUACCAACACUACUAGUACUAAAAAAAAAGAACAACAAACUAUUGUGUUUGUUAGAUGCUGAAGAUCUUCGUCUCGAACCCGUCGAACCCGUUGAGCACAGGUGGUUAAGGUUUUGCCAUAGGAUUUAAGCUGUGUCAGUGCGGGGGAUGAAUGGAAAGGGGAAGUUACUCAUGCUAUGCACUUGCAGGGUGCACAAAUCGCCAAGAGAUAAUGGUGUGCAGAGACAGACUGGCCGAGAAGUAUUACGAAUCUACCGAACGUUCACACCAAAAUUAGUUGACACGGUUAGGCGCGGUUUUUUUUCGGUUUUUCGGAAUCCACUUUUUGACUUCGGUUUUGACCCGCUCCCCGGGCAACUUUUACCGCCAGAUUGGAUACGGAGGGGCCGCUACUGGAGGCCGUGUGUUCAAGGAUAUUACACAGUACAUCAAACACAAUCAAGUACCGAGUAGUUUGUAGCGUGCGCGUCGAAGAGGACUGGCAAUCACUGGCUGGUUAGUGUUUUGUUUAUCGUUUUGUUUGGUGAAACUGAUAUUCAGUUAUGUUUGCCGAGUGGGUGUGUUCCUCGGGGAGAAGAUCACUGUUAAUACACCACCACGUGGACGCGCAACCGGGGGUAAGCACCCCAGCAUCCCCGGAGCUGAACAUUCAAUGCCGCGCUCUCUUUCUCUUCCUCUAAAACUAUAGAGCCUAGCAGCAGAUACCUACUCAUAAGUGAGAAAAAAACAGAAAAAAUGGUAAAACGAGGAAGCAGGCAUUAAGAAACACUCAAAAACGAAGUAAACUAAAUCGAACAAAUGUAUAAUUAAUGAAUAAAAACAAACAGAUGCAGUUAAGGAA